CUUUUAAACAGCAAAUUACCAAAUGUCAAAGAACAAACUCAACUUGACACUACCCCCUGGUUCGAUAGAACCGGUACCAGCAGUGUCACCGUCACCACCGGUUCCACCUUUGCCCACAUAUCCGGAACCCCCAGUGAUACCUGACGGUGUAAUGGGUAAAAUGAGCAUAGAUGCUAUUCAAGAGAGAUUAGAGGAAUUAGAAAUGGAUGAGGAGCAGAGAAAACGAUUAGAAAGCUUUUUAGGACAGAAAGAAAAAGUUGGAGAAUUAUGCGAUGAGGAUUUUGAGAAGCUAGGUGAAUUAGGUGCAGGUAAUGGUGGUGUUGUUAUGAAAGUCAGACAUAAAGAAUCAGGUCUUAUAAUGGCAAGAAAGCUAAUACAUUUGGAAGUAAAGCCAGCUAUUAAGAAACAAAUAAUCAGAGAAUUAAAAGUAUUGCAUGAAUGUAAUUUUGCACAUAUAGUUGGAUUUUAUGGUGCUUUUUACAGUGAUGGAGAAAUUAGUAUAUGCAUGGAAUAUAUGGAUGGUGGAUCAUUAGACCUAAUAUUGAAAAAAGCAGGACGAAUUCCAGAACCUAUCUUAGGUACAAUUACAUCUGCUGUUUUGAAAGGCUUGAGUUACUUGCGAGAUAAACAUGCCAUAAUGCAUCGCGAUGUAAAACCAAGUAAUAUCUUAGUUAACAGUGCGGGUGAAAUCAAAAUCUGUGACUUUGGUGUUUCCGGUCAAUUGAUCGAUUCAAUGGCCAAUUCAUUUGUCGGGACACGAAGCUAUAUGUCGCCAGAAAGACUCCAAGGAACGCAUUACUCGGUACAGAGCGAUGUUUGGUCACUUGGAUUGUCGCUCGUGGAAAUGGCGAUCGGGAUGUAUCCGAUCCCACCACCAGACGAGAAGACUUUAGCUUCAAUAUUCGGUCCGCAAUCGACACAACCGCCUGCGGAGAAUCCGGUGACGAAUAGUGUGUCUACGCCGACCACGCAAUCGCCAGGACACAGCGCAAGCAGUCCAAGACCCAUGGCAGUAUUCGAACUAUUGGAGUAUAUAGUCAACGAGCCGCCGCCGAAAUUACCGCCCGGAAUAUUUAGCGACGCUUUUAUGGAUUUCGUCGAUCGAUGUUUAAAGAAAAAUCCAGCCGAAAGAGCAGACCUAAAAACAUUAAUGAAUCACGAAUGGAUAAAAAAAGCCGAAUCAGAAAAUGUAGAUUUUGCUGGCUGGGUAUGUCGUACGAUGGACUUACAACCAACUACGCCAACGCAUUUAGCGAGCGUGCAAUCCUGAAUAAAUGUAACUCUUACAUACUUGACUACAUAUAUUCGCGUUCAGUAUUCCUAAGUCAUCUCUUAGUUUGUUUAGGUUUUCAUUCGGUCAAACGGUGGCGUACAUCCGUGUAUAUCCAUUUAUUAUGAUUUUUUUUCAUAAAAUAUAUCGGGAUGCGCUAAGUAGAGGCUCUGUUGAAUGAAUCAUCAUUCAACUGCAUUGCGUGAUUAAUUCAAGUUUACCAAGGAUUUACCUAUGAAAGUAAUAAUACCAGAUCCGAUUAAUUAAUAUCGCAUUAAGACACUUACUAAUUGUAACUCAAUAUGAAUGUAGUAAGGAAACAGGAAUCUCUUUCUCUUUUAAAUCAUCUGUUUUGGUCAUUUUCUUACUUUUAUUGGAGGGAGAGAAACGAUUAAAUCAUGUAAUGUAUAAGAGUUAUAAAACAUCGUGUUAUAAUAUAGGUGGUCUAUUAAUUCUUGUGAACAGAACAAAUCAUGUUUCGAAAUCUGCUCGCUUAGCGUAAAUGUAUUAUCGUGCAAGUAAUUUGCACAUAGCACGCCACUGUGCCAAAUAUUAAUUUCUUUUAUUUUAUAUGUUGGUUUUUUUACUUUUGUGUUGAAAGUAUGUAAGAAAAAAAUUGCAAUAUAUAAGUUCAUUAUUAGAAACUCAUGGGCAAAUUAUGUUCCCCGUGAUAUAAUUAGGAUACACUACUAAUGAGCAUCGAACUUACGAACGUCUCGUUUGAGAGAAAAUUAACUAGAUCGAAUUACUUCUAUAACAUUUGUACCUGACACAUCCAUAGGAAUGUUAUUUACAUGAUUAAAAACUUCAUAUUAAACUCAAAUAUGAUUCAUAUCAAAUUGUUUUUAUAUCAAUGUAGCUGCGAUUAAAGACGAUUUUAAAUUUAAUUUUAACUUUUCUAUAUAAUGAAAUGUUUUUCAUCAUAAAAUAACUAUUUAAAAAAAUUGAGUAUAGAAAUUGUUUCGACAAUAUAAUAUUUAUAUUUUCAAAUACUCUAAAUAUUAAUUUAUGUGCUUACGAUUAAAUUUUUGCAAAUUUAUCGAUACUAAUAUGAAUCUAGAUUCACAAUAGAUUAUUACAUCCGAUAUAAAAGGCCAACUAUUAUUAUCGUAUAAUUAACAGAUUUAUUAAGAAGAAGCAAACCUGAUUUUUCAUAUAUAAUUGCGGCCUUAUCUUGUAAGUGAUUACAAUAUUUCUCAUAACACAAUUUGAAUCAUGUUUAUAUAUUCGAAUUAUAAGAUAAAUAGAAUUAAUAUAUGUGAGUCCUUUUACUGCAAAAUAUGUAAAUGUAUGUGCACAGUGGGUGAUAUUUUUAAUUCCAUUUAAAUAACGCUAAAUAUACAAUGAAGACUAUUUACACUAUUGCUCUUUUAUCUAAAGAUAUAAAGAUAAGAUAAAAGACGUGAUAAUAAAAUAAAGUUGAAAUAUUUUAUUUUUAUUUUGUUUGUGUGUAUAAUAAAUAAUAAUUAUUAUUAUAAAAAAAGAAAAAUUAUCCAAAUUACAGCAAAAGAAUUGACUUUUUGUACAUCUAAUCGUAUGUCAAUCCUUUUGUAUGUACAAUAUGUAUAAAGUGCAUUUUUUAAAAAUGUCACUUUAUAAUUACUAAUUUAAAAUUCACAAAUAUUUGAAGAACUAGAUAUUACACAUUUAAUUUUGUAGUACUUAGUCAAUGGUUACAUCAUUAUUGGUAAAAGUUUAUAAAGUUAUUUAUAAGUUUUAUAAAUUUGAAAUAUUCAUCACCCAAGUAUCACAAGUACAGAUAGUAUACAGACAGUAAGAUUGUCAGGAAAAACAUAAAUAG